GCUCCCGUGGCGCCCGCCGCCGCCCCCGGCGCGCAUGCGUACUUCCUGCCCGCGCAGCACCCCUCCGCCCCCGCCGCCGCCGCCGCCGGCCCGGUCGUCUACACGCAAGCCCCAGCCUACUACCACCAACAGCAGACGCACCCAGCGCCGGCGCAGUCGCACCAGACGUUGCGACACGCAGACCGGGCCACGGCGCAACCCACUCGCGCGCCGCAGACCAAGGCUUGAAGCACGCGCGGACUCUCCCAUAAACAUGUGACAAGAGAUGCAUGUCUUCAAUCAUGUGACCAUGACUUCAUUUCAUCAUCAUCAUCUUUACAUUGUUUUGUAUAUACAUUUUGCGAUCGUAUGUUUAAACUGUAUGAAUGAAUAA